CAGAGGGAAGCAGCAAAGAGUCUGACGGCUAUCUGCUGCAGGUGAGUGGCCAGCGUCCUGUCCCAGCCCUGCCCAGCCAUGGACGCCUGUGCCCGAAUCAGAGGGGUCCCUCUGAAGACCCGGGCCUCCAUUAGGAAAGAGACUGUCCAGGAGAGCUCCACACUCAAUCUGAAGAACCUUGUGAAGAGUAGAAAACAGCUGUGUAACGUGGUGCUGGACCUGCCAAUCAGAGAGAUGGUGUCUCCGACUGAGAUUCAUUUUGUGUGUUUACCCAGUCAUUCUCUCGGAGACAGUAUCACACUACAGGCUGUGGCAGCUGCCCCCAGUGACGUGACUGAGCUGCUUAGAUCACUACAUGUCCCUAGCCUGAAGGAUGAAGAGCUGCUGCUGCUCAAAGACUCUAAGAAUCUCUUGGAGAAAAAAGACAGUACUUCUCAGAGUGGCUGGUUGAAAGCCAUCUGUAUACUGCGGUUCUCCCUGACUCCUCAGAGUAGUAUCAAUACUGCACUGGGUCUACUGGCCAGAUACGCUGCAGGUGUAAAGUUUGCCAUAGAGCUGCAGUCUGUACACAAGGCCACACCUGAUACCUGCCAAUCUGAAGACGAUGAUACCAACCAGUCUGUAUCCUCCAUCGAGGAUGAUUUUGUCACCGCUUUUGAGCACUUGGAGGAGGAGGACACCACAGAUUACCCAUCUUCUGGUGCCUACUGUCAGCAUAACCGGCGUGACGUGGCCUCUCAGACUGUCCCCUCCCACCGCAAAGACAAGUCUGGUUCCCGGGUCAUCAUCCGCUCUAUCUCUAAAAAGACAUCAGCCAAAAAGUCAACCCCUCCUGAAGUAUCGGUUUCUGUACAGAGCUCCGCGGUAGGAUGGUCCACAGGUUCUGGGAGCCAGUGGAGCUUCUACUCACCAAGCAGUCCUGAGAAAGGUCGCCUCACCUCAACCUCCCUCACAGAGUCGGACGAGUCCAAUUGCUCAAGUCCAAGCCCUAUUAUCUUCUUGGAUGAAGUAGGUUAUCAAAAAAGUUUGAAAGCAAAGCUUGACAUUCCAAAAAUCCCCAUCCUCAAGGAUGGGGUGGAGGACUCUGAUUCGGAGGUGAGUGAGUUUUUUGAUAGCUUUGACCAGUUUGAUGACCUGGAACAGGCUCUGGAGAGCACAUCUAAGACCAAGCUGUUCAAGGAUAUAGCAUCUCCUGGCCAGACGCAUAAAAAGAAGCUUUCAGAGGACCGAGGCUCAAAAUCCAGAGGAAGCUCAGCUAAAGCUAUGAAUCCACAGAAAUUUGACCAUCCAAUCCUCCCUGCCAACAUAAAGAAACCCACUCCACUGAAACCAGGUUUGGCUAGCGGUGCCCACUCUGAGGUCCCUGAUUCCCCACGGCAAGUGCGAGCUUCUGGUGAGGAGAAUGGAGCUCUCUUCAGUCCGGACAGUUCAUCAGCGUUUAGCCCUCUCGGAGAAGGAGGAUCUUUUGAGUAUUUUUGGAAGGCAGAUGGAGAUACCACAGAACUGCGCAAACCUCAGGACCUCUGUGCACUGUAUAAAACAUACUCGGAUUUUGCAAGCACUAUGUCUAAGGAUAUCCUUGCAUCGGUCUGUGGAUACUCAUCUCCCGUUGACAUGAACAUUAACAAGAACCUGAGUUGCGUUUGCCAUAAAGAAUUUCAAAAUGUCAGUGGCCACCUCAUGAAACUCUCUGACAUACAGGAGACCGUUACUAUAUCCAAGAAAUCGCAAACACUGACAGAUGGAAUACAGAAGUUUGCCACAGACUUGGUGGAGAGGAGCCUAGGGAGUGCCUUCAGAGAUCUACAGAAGGGGGUGUCCUCUUGCACUACUACACUUUGCCAUCUAGCUGCUAGGUUAACUUCCUCAGUUUUUCAAAUGGCCUUUCAUGAGAUAGGCAUGAGGCAGGCGUAUGUAUUAAAAGAACGUGCUGUAAAUGGUCUGGCUAGUUUCUUAGUUGGGGAAGCCAUGUCUGAGGCACUGAAAGAGUUCUCUAUUGUGAGAAAGCAAAUCUUCAACAACACAGUUGCCAGGUUUGCGGCAGAUCUUGCAGAGGAGCUGGUCUUUGAAGGGAUCAUGGAGGUCUGCCAGUUCUCAUACCCAGCCACACCCUCAACUUCAAGUGGUUGGUCUUUUGAGCAAGAGGAAGAGGUUGUUUCAUCAUAUGCUUCGGACCUUUCGGAAUCGGUACUCCAGGAGGCAUUCAUUGAGUUGUCUCAAGUGGAGGUUACCUUCACAACACAGGCGGCCAUCAGUGUGUCUCUGGAUAACAUGCAUUAUGUCAGUGCUGAGGAUUCCACACCAUCUACAAUGACAUGUGAUACUGCCACAAAUGACUUGGAAUUGCCAUGCACAUCUGAACUGGACAGUGCUUCAGAAAAAUGCACCAUGAGAAAAGCUUUGUACUGCAUGUCUGGAGUUGCCAGUUGUGUGCCAGUACCUGUGGCAGGGAAAGGCAUUUCCCAGUUUCAGAAUCCAGAAGAUGUUUGUCAUUUUAAAUCUAGUGUUAGCCACACCUCACAAACUAGUCCCAAGAAAAGCAACUGCUCUGAACUGGGAUUAGUGACAACAUCAGCAUUGGACAAAUCCACAGCAACUCAGACAGACUUGCUGCCAGCUGCUGCCCAAGGCAAUAGCGCACAUGGUGAAAUGUGCGGCGAUGAUGAAGAAACAGUCUUUGCCAGUGAUGAGAAUAUUUACGAAGCUACGUCAUCAAGGAAGACUAAUUUUCAGAACUUCUCUGGAAACAUGGUUGACUUGAUUGUGAGCGAAGCAUAUGACCUCAUGGCCACUUCCAAAGUGAAGAAGACAGUUGGGGAAUGUGCUGACUAUUUGAGCAAGAAAAUAGGAAGUUGCAUACCCUCAUCACGGCAAGUUGAGUGUCCGGAUCUUCUCAGUGAAGAUGUAGUGAAGUCUGCCACCAAGCAUGCUGAUGUACAAGGGAAUACUGACACAUCAGCUCCCAGGACUGAAUGUCUCCUGAGUGAUAGAGAAGACAAAGUGGAUCAAAGAACAGUACUUCAGAAAAAUACUUCUGGUGUAUACUCUAUGUUGGACAAACACAGUCCAGCAUCAGACAAGCUAACAGAUACUGCCUACCUGCGGGAGAAAGAUAGUCGUAUUGAUGAAAGCUCCCUCUUUCCCUUGCAGCCUUCCUUCAAUAGAGACAGUCGUGAGACCGACUUUAGGAAUGUAUGGCAGUUCAGAGAUGCAAGCCUUGAGGCACGUUCUUUGUCAAUGAAGGAUGCUUUGGAAGUCCCAAGUAUCGAACUGGCAGGGCAGGGUGACCAAAAAAUAGUUCUGGAAGAGGCGCUCAAUAUCAAGAGAAAAUGUAAUGGAACUCCAGGCACUCCACCAUCCACCCCACUACAGCAGCCUCCACCUGUGUCUCAGGAGAAACAAAUCAAGCAGUUCUCAAAGAAACUGAAGGGAAAGCUUGCAAAGGCAUUUUCUCCAGCCACACCGCCAUCUACCCCACAGUGCCAGCCUCCCGCUGGACCACUUGAAGCCAGAGCCAACUCUGAGAAGAAAGACUUCAUGGUGAAGCUUAUGAGGUCCCUUUCGGAGGAAGCAUGUAGGAACGAGGAAGAGGAAUACGGAAGAGACAGUAGGUGCCAAUCCAGAAUGCGGGGUGGAGAUUGCCGGCUGGAACAAAACCUUCCUGUAGAAACCGACCAGAAAAUCAUGCAGAAGGGAGCGUUCCGGUAUGCAGAGCGCUUAGCUUACCACUUUGUUUCUAUGGCUACAGAAAUGGACACCCUAGGUUUGGAAGAAGGAGGCAAGUUAACUGACAAGGAAGGUGAAGCCAACCUCCCAGUGCACAGUGCUCGGUUUUCACAAGAAACCUUAAAUUGUUUGUGGACCUAUGCUGGGGAACUAGCUGGGGAGGUCAUCAAUGACGUAAAGAAGAUGAUGAUCAGUUCUACUCAUCAUGGCCGCAAGGCCUGGAGCGAUGGCCAAGACGAGUCUGCUGAAUGUCACUCACAGUUGGGCCACAGAGAAUGUAGAUUAAACAACAUAGCCGACCAGUGGUCCAGCGAUCUUGUGACCUCAGUUCUCAGCCUCCAGGGUUCUGGUGCAAGCGGACUGUCAUCCAACUUCCCUAGUUGUGAGAGCGUAACCGAUGAAUAUGCUGGGUACCUCAUCAGGGUUCUGAAGAGAGAAGGGGGCAGUAGGGAGCUCAUUUUGGAUCAGUACGCCAGCCGACUUGCUUAUAGAUCUAUCAAGUCGGGACUAGCACAUGCCACAAGGAGAAUCAAGCAGAAGUCCAGCCUGAAGCUUCACUCAUUCAGGAGAUUUCAUCACAACGACACCGAUGAGGUCUGGCGGAGGUCAGCUCUUGAGACACCUUUCACAGACGCACAGGCUGACCAGUGUACAUGUCAGAAGACCAGAGAUGUAAGCAGUGGGGAAUACAUUGAACUUGUUAACUUUGCAGAGUCUUUAGCUUACAACAUCACAUGUGAUGUUACAAGAAAGCUCAGACUGCCAUCUGUUCGUCUGCCCAAAUCACUAACCGAUUCCUGCCUGUACAAAAAGUCCAAGCCAGGAGAUAUGCCAGACAAGCUUAUCAAAAGCUCAUGCUCAAACUCCUUCCUACCUUACAUGGAGAAACACAAACAAUAUCACAGCACUGGUAGCUUAAAUGAUGGAACUUACAGUGACGGUGUCAUGCAAGUCAUUGAACGGUAUGCCAGAAAAAUUGUUGAUGAUACUUUAGAGGUGACACUUGCGACAGCAGGCCAUCCAGCAUUAGAUGACAGAAUAAGGAUGAGCAGAAAUGUGUAUGCUGAAAAAGCCUGUCACUACUGUGCUGUCAAGGAGUGUCCAUUUUUAAGGAAUGUGGGCAGGCAUUACUUCCAGGAAAUUCACAGGAAAAGGGGGCAGGACUGUGAAGCAUCAACUGUCAGCUGCUGUAACCAGGCAAGGGCUUGCAGUCUUGAAAUUCCAAAGAUUCACAUCAAUUUGGAUAAGAGGGAGGUGUUUGCAGAAGAAGUGGUGUCUUCUGCAAUUGAAAAAGCUAAGAGGGAGCUGAGCAGCACCAGCCUGAAUGCAGACAGUGGGAUUGGGCAUGAUGGUGCAAGUUUUGCUGAGAGCCUAACCACAGAUAUAAUGGCAUCUGCUAUAUCUAACAUCUGCCGGGCUGUCAGUGUCAGCCCGCCUGGAAGAGAGCGGACAAACACAUCAGAGUCUGCAGUGAGCCAGCAGCUGAGUGCAGGGGAGGACAGCAUUGGUAGCUGGUCCAACCUCAGCUUCGAGGACGAGCAUCCAGAUGAGAGCAGCAGCUUUUUGCACCUGAGCGACAGUAAUGGGAACAGCAGUAGCUGGAGCAGUCUGGGGUUAGAGGGGGAGGUUUGUGAGGAUCCCUUAUCCCUCUCCCCAUCUGACAGCAAUGGCACAGAGGACAAAGAGCAGGACAAAGAGCUGGAGUCCAAGGAGCACAUAGAUGGUAAUGAGCCUCCUCGAGUGGAGAGCAGGCCCCUCCUCCCAGAACGAGGGCUGCUGGUGGUCACCACACACCUGGGGGAACAGGCCCUGGACCCACAGGUGAACAUGGUACUGCAGUGGAUUGCAGCCUCCCAGUCCAACCUUCCCAUGAUGCAGCUUGGCCUUCCACCUGACAGGGAGUUGCAGCUGCUCCCAGCUGUGCUUCAAAAGGUGAAGGAGAAGGAGUGGAGGGUUGGGGAGCUCCUGCAGGCUCUCCUCAGGUAUUGUGAAGAACUGGAACCGGGCACGGAUCCAGAGAGACGCAGUGGGCAACCCUUCUUCCAGUGGCUGCUGGACCAAGCAUAGAUGCCUACACCUGAACUCCCUCUGGGGGGUGAAAUGUUAAGGUUGCCAUUAACUACAAAACUCCCUAUUACUGUGCUGUCUCUCUGCCGAAAACAAGGGUGUACAACCCCCUUCCUUGAGGGCCGAAUCUCUUCCUGGAUUUUGUGUGACCUGGCUGUAGUGCAGUAACAGUAGUGCUGUAAUGUUAGUGCGCUCUGCCCAAAAUUCAGUGUUUCUAACACUUGGUGUCUUUUUCUUGCCUUCAUGCCAACUUCUGCCUGUAAUUAUUUAUUAGCCUAAUUAGUUCAUGUUACAUCAUUUGUGUUAUUUCUUGAUAAGUUAAUGAAUGACAGCUGAAAAAGACAACAGCCAGCCCUGUAUGAAAUGUUAUACUGUGGUCUGACCCACGAGUGAACCACUGCAGGUCUGUAAUUAAAUAAUGAAGUUUGUGGUAGUUGGCAUGAAAUCCAGAAGCAGGAACAGUACACCAAGAAGGGCUUUCCCUGAGGCCUAUUUGGUGGGAUGUGUCUCGUCCUGUGCACUGCUUGUGGGUGGACCUCCCUCCCUCUAGGGGGUGGCAGAAAAGAACCCGCUGUCCACUCUUGAUGUCGCAAACUGUAUGCUUUUGACUUCCAGGUCACUUUGUUGUUUUGUCAUGGGCCUUGUCGCUCUGUUUUUCAGGUUUUCCGUUCGUAACAUUCGUGUACAGUACAUUUCCACGUCCCAUCGGUGUGUGAGUAUCUGUACAUUGUGCUUUCACACCCUGGUCAUGUGCCAUAAGAGAAAGGAGGGACAGCCUUAUGAGAGAAUGUUUCUCUCAGGGAAUCCCCAUCUCUUCACAGAAAACUGUUACCAUUAUUCCUCUUCUCCUGGCGUAGAUUCCACAUGGUCAGGAGCCAAUUCCAGAAACCACUACUACUCCCAACACUGUGUAGUGUGUAGGAGGAAUUGUGUGGACUGUGUUAGUUACACCAAGGAAGCAUUAUGGAAACGUAUAGUUCAAUUAUACUGUAAGCUUUUUAAAGCAAAGCAAUCUAGAGUUUAGAAAAUAAGUUCAGAAAACGGGGCUUGUUUUCUUUUUGUUGUGUUUGUGUGGUGUUGGGUCGUGUAGUCCAGAGCCUUUAUCUGAAUCCGCAUAACACCAAUAUGAAAAGCAUUCAAAAUUCCAGUCACUCCGUAACAUUUAUUUCAGUGGAUUAUUUGCCAAUUGCAUCAUAAUAGCAGUGCUCAAAUUGUUUAAAAUGAAGACAGAUUUUUUAGUUAGUUAACAAACCGUUGUUUACAGCACAGACAUAAUGCAGCCUAGAAAAGCCUCUUUGCUAUAUUUAUAUAAUAUUUAUUAUAGUUUAUUGGGUUUUAUAUGUUAUAUUUUUGUCUGAUUCUAUAUGCGAUGAAAGGAUUAUUGUCAUUUCUGAUGGUCUACCGGCAAUACAAUGGCUGUUAUUGGGGUAUUUGGAUGUUUGUGGUCUAAAGCAAGAAAAACACUAAGAGUAACUCCAAAGCAGAUUGUACAGAGAUUUUAUAUCUCAGAAGCUGCUGAUCUCCUGGGAUUUUCCACGCACAACAGUUUCUAGCGUUUACAGAAAAUGGUGCGAGAAACGGCCUUGUUUGUGAGAGAGGUCAGAGGAGAAUGGCCGGACUGGUUCAAGCUUACACAACCGUUACAGUAAUUGAAAUAACCACACAUUACUGCAGUGGUAUGCAAAAGAGCAUCUCCAAACACAAUACGUCAUACCUUGAAGUGGUUGGAAAGCUGCUUUGAAUUACUUGUGGUAUAUUUUCCACAAUUAAGCAAGCCUCCUAUUGCCUUUAUGCCAGCCAUUGUAAAGCUAAGUUUGUCAGAAAUUUUCGUAAUUGCCCAAAAUAUCCUUCAUCACACACAAAAACAUCAUCAUCAACUAUUUAACUGAUUAAGCACUGAGAAAUAAUGAAAAUUGCACAGAUACGGCCACAAUUUAUAUUUGUUAUUAUUUUAAUUGAUUUAUAGACUGACCAAUGAAAUCAAUGUGGUCUGAACUGCUGAAAGCAUGGAUGCUAUUUGAGUCAUGCUUUUUAGAUUUCACUCUUUAAACACAUCCUUCAGUGGCUUACUUCUGAAUGGAAUACCUGCCAAUGUAAUGGUAAUUUUCAUAUUUCUUUUCAUAAGUCUAAAAGCACCCUAAUGUCCAGCAAGGCAACAAGCCUGUUUUAUGUGUAAAAUACCUCAAAUUGUAUUUGAUGAACUCUCUUUUUAAAUAAGGACAGGAAAGAUGACAUCAAAGAAUUAUUUUACAAUAUAUCCCAGGGAAGUAGAGUGUAAUGUAGCCUGUAAGCUAUUGGUAAGGGUGGAAGCUACUGUACUAGCAAAAGCACUGUACUCUACACUCGGGGUUGGUAUGUGUUUGAUCGGGAUGAAGCUGCUGUUAUAUACCCUUGAGCCAGGUAUACGUUUUCUUUUGUCAGCUGUAAGUAUUAUUCUUCCCGAAUAAGGAAAGUGCUGAGUCCAAUUAAAACAUUUAUUAUUUGUAUUUUCCACUGGUAAAUGAUAGGUUUCACAAGUAUUUUCUGUAAACCACAGCAAUUCCCUUGCUAUCUCAAUGGCAGCUGUUGAUUGGUCAUAAAACUUAGCCACUUACUGUAUGGUAUUAAUAACAUCAAUAACCAAUUGACUGUCACUUUAUGUGCUUUUUCUAGCAAGCCUACCUUUUGGUAGUGUCAUGUAUUGAAGGUGUAAUAUGAUUUAACUGCUUGUGUUUAGCCAAAGUUAAAUGGCACAAUCCACGAAGAAACUAACACCAGUACAGUAUUGGAACAUUCCACCUGCCUUUUAAGAAAACAUGGAUAGUUAGCCAAUUGUUAAAUCGUGAUGCAGUUUUGCAUGCUCCCUCAUGCCAGUGGUGUUUACCAUUAUCAGUUAUUUUUUUAAACUUAGAAUCACAUGCAUAUUUAUUGUAAGUAGAUUAACAAGGAAAGCUGCCAGAUAUUUCAGUUGAACCCAGAGCAGGUUUGAUAACUAAGUGGUAAUACUAGCUCUCUCUUACUCACAAAAUAAGACAAAAUAAGCGUAUUAAUUGGAAAAUAUUAUAAUUAUUGAAGAGCUAUGUUUGAUGGUAAUGAUAUUGUGAUAUGGUGGUUCCUUGAAUCAGCCAAAUGAAGGGAGUUCUCUUACAGUAUGUUUCUGGAGGUGUCUGUGUUCAUGUUGUGCGUUAGUCACUUUAUUUCAUGUACAUUUAUGUGCAUCACUUUCAUUCGAAAAUGGCCUAAUGCUAUUUUGUGUUAUUUAAAAACUGAAUGUGUUAUAUACAGUAGAUUUGACUCAGUAGUGAAAAUAUAUUUUGUUACUUGUGCAGUGUUAUAUUCAUCAAAUUACACAUUGUAGCAAGCAAACAACAUGCACUGUAUACUGACAUAUAUUUUUCUUGCUUAUUUGUAUAAUCUUGCCAAAUAAAAUAUUUAAUGAUUUGUGUAAGUUAAAACAGUGAGUGCACUACUUGUCCCAUAGUGAUAUUUCUCAUUAAUUUACAAUUGACACGCUUGAAGCACUAUAUUUGCAAAUUGUAAAAGCUGUGGCCAAGAAUAAAGCAUUUUUCAUGUG